CAAACUCUGCCGAUCUCCUCCCACUCAACUUGCACCGUCCUCCCCCGUCCUUUUCGCGAGAUCACAUUUUACCGUUGUUCCCGUUCCUGCUUUUUCCUCAUCCCGCGCAUUCUCAUCUCCUCCCUCCGCCUUCAACCCUCGGCCGGCUCGUUCAUAAUUAAUUGCUGGUGUCCUUCCGCGAGGUCAUUGCGCUCUCCCGGACCUCACCGUUCCAGCCGGUCAGCAUGUCGACAACUUCGGAGAAGAACAGCGCGAAGGAGCGCGUCGACGUCAACGAGACGACGCCGAAUGGCGCUUCGGGCGGGCUGGAUUCCGCCUGGAAGUACCUUGACGCUCAUCGGGAUCAGGAUGCUCUCGACGCCAGCGCGUCGAUUGAUCUGAAGGCGUUGCGUCGCAAGAUUGAUUGGCGGAUCGUGCCCUUGAUGUUCUUGUGUUAUACGCUGCAGUUCCUUGAUAAAGUUAUCCUCAAUUAUGCUGCUGUGAUGGGUCUGCAUGCGGACCUGAAGCUGGAAGGGAAUGACUUCUCGAACAUUGCGACAUUUCUCUUUGUUGGUCUUUUGUGCUUCGAGGUCCCCAACACCUACUUUCUCCAGGUGGUCCCCGCCGCCAAAUGGCUUGGCGCCAACGUCGUCCUCUGGGGCGUCGCCACGGCUUCCGGUGCUGCCGCCCACAACUACCAGACGCUUCUCGUGUCUCGGGUCUUCCUCGGGAUUUUCGAGGCCACCAUUGCCCCCUCGCUGAUGCUCAUUAGCAGCCAGUGGUACACCAAGUCGGAGCAGGCUCCUCGCUUCUGCUUUUGGUACACCGGCCUGGGCAUUGGACAGAUCGUUGGUGGCCUGGUCUCCUUUGGCUUCCAACACAUGGGCCCGGGUGCCCAGCUGACGGGAUGGCGGACCAUGUUCGUUGUGCUUGGAGUAGUCACCGUGCUCGUUGGCUUGUCCGUGAUCCUCUUCCUCCCGGACACGCCCAUGAAGGCGCGCUGGCUCUCGGACAAGGAGAAGGUGGCUCUGCUCAAGCACGUCAGUGUCAACCAGACGGGCGUGCAGAACCGCAAGUUUCGCGCCAAGGAGAUUGUUGAGGCUCUGCUGGACCCGCAGAUCUGGCUGUUGCUCCUCUCGGUCGUCCUGCUGUCCGUCUCUAGCGGCGUCGUUACGAGCUAUUCUGCUACCCUCAUCAAGAAUCUCGGGUAUGAUCCGAAGCGAGCCGCUCUGAUGAACACUCCGUCCGGCGCUGUGAGCAUCUUCUUCACCCUAUUCGUCGGAUUCGGCAUCCGUCUGCAGUCCCACCGCUGGGCAUUCAUCAUCGCCUGCGUUAUCCCUGCGAUUCUCGGCGGCGGCUUGAUGUCCUUCCUUCCCGUCUCCAACCGGUCUGGUUGCCUCGCUGGUAUCUAUCUCGUCAACGCCGUCGUUGCUCCUCUCGCUAUCUUCUACAACUGGAUCAUGGCCAACGUCGGAGGCGCUACGAAGCGUGCCUUCGCUGCCGCCGUCAUUAGCGGUUCCUUCUCGCUGGGCAACAUUAUCGGACCCCAGACCUUCCAGCAGAGGGAUGCGCCCGAGUACCGGCCGGCCAAGAUUGCUGUCAUGGCUACCCAGGCUGCCUGCGCCUUCACCACCUUUCUGCUUUUCUUGUAUUAUGUCUGGCAGAACAAGAGGCGCACGUCUGAAGGCGAGACGGAGGAAGCCUACUUGUCGCCGGAGCAUUGGAUCAACAUGACGGACAGGGAGAACAAGAAGUUCCGCUACGUGUAUUAGGGGGCCUGCUUCUACGUGGUAGCAAAAUCUGUUUAAUUCUGGAGAGAUUUGGGGUUCUGGAAAAGCGCUGGCGUUCUGUUCUCUCUUUCACAUGGUUUUCCCAGCUGUCAUCAACCGGUUCUAAUUAAGGCUGCACGUUGACCGUCAUAUGAUAGAAUACCAACCACGUGAUGUUCAUAUCAUGGCAUGUUAUGGCUUUUUUUUUUUUUUUUUUGACAAGGAUAGGUGCAGGGAUUGGACCGUUAUUGUGAGAGAGAGGAAAAAAAGCAAGUAGAGCCGUGGAACUUGUGACGACCUGAAACGAUCUGUCAGAACCAUACAGCAGAACCUAAGCGGCGAGUCCUCACUCGUUCGCUGAUCAGGUUGGCUCUUCCGUACCAAGGUUGAGCGUCAUGCCAACAUGCACUAUGAGACAACAUUAUUGACUGGAUUGCAUAAUAAUAGAACAUGUAACCUUCCUA